GAAAAAUGAAUUUAUUGGAUGAUUUAGAAAAUAAUGGGACUCAGCAAAUGGAUUUACUUAACUUUGAGUAUGAUUCCUAUAAUUAAUUAAUAGUCAUCAAGCUAAUGUGAUACCCAAUGUAGAUUUUUAUAAUGCAAUUGUUGUUAAUGAAUUCAUGAAUAAUCGUAUAGUAGAAGUAAAAGACGGUGAAGUUGUGAAGGAAGGAUACAUAACUAAAUACAAAUUAUAUCUAGUCAGAACUAAAAAGCAAGGAGGCGAAUGGGAAACUGAAGUUUCAAGAAGAUUUAGUGAUUUUGAAUGGUUAUACUCAGAAUUGAUUAAUAAAUAUGGAGGAUAUAUAAUUCCUGCUAUUCCAGAAAAGCAUUUACUCACAAAAGUCAACUUAGCUAGUUAUGAAGUAUAAUUUUGUGAUUUAAAAUUUAAACAAAUAGUUUUCCGAAAAGAGAAGGAAAGACCUUUAAUAAUUUCUACAAAGAAUACUUAAUCAUCAUCAUCUAAGAUACGUGCCAGAAUUAAGGAUUUUUAUUGAAGAUAAAGAAAAAGUACAAUUUGAAAUAAUUAUAAGUUUAUUUCUCUUUUGAAAGGGGAAUUAGAAUAAAACAAAACUAUCGAAUAAAAAUGUGACAAUCUCUUACAAUCAGUCAAAACUCUAUGGCAUAGUAGUACUAUGGCAGCGAAAGGAUAAGAUCCAGCAAGGAUGUUUGAUGGAAGUGAGAAGGAUCUGACAUACGAUGAAACACUCCUCUUAUCCUUGUCCAUGAAAGGGAACAAGCUAAAAGCCGUUGUUGAAGAGCAUGUCACCACAUUAAGAGAAGAAGCCAAGACACUGAAUGAUUAAAAUGAAGCUCUGUAUUCUUGGAGUAAGAAGAGUUAAUUACAUAAUUAGAUGGUUUGGGAUCUGCAAGUGAAGAAGAUAUUUCAUAAUUCAAGUAGUUGAAGUAUAACAAUGAGAUCAGACAGACUAAAAUAAAUAGAGAAAUUGAAGACAUUGAUAGGAAGUUUAUACCCAAACUACAGAAUAGCUUAUUUGAAAUCGAAUGGGCAUUGACUGCUUGUAAAAGAAGAAGAAAUCUGUAAUAGCAAUUAUUGAUUGAUCAAUAACGAAUAGAUCAACUCAAAAUGCAAUAUACAGACAAUUCGAGCAGAGUAUUUAUUGCAAUGAUUUAUAGAGAGAUCUGGAAAUGGACGUGCUCAAAACUAAAUAUCAAAAAAAUAAGGACAGAAGUGACAAAAUGUCUAUCAUUAUGUAGGACGAACUGUUGAGUUUCAUUUCAGAGAUGAAACAAUAAUUAAAGUCCAUCCUAGAAGAAUGGAGAUCGAUUAUGAAGACUUUAUCAAAAAACAUUGUUGAAGACGACAAUGAAUGA